AUGCUGACAAUACAGCUUAGCAUUGCGGGCUUUGUCCUCGUGCUCAACUUGGGCCUUUUGCUGUGGCUGCUAAAGUUCUACCCCGUGGACGCCCGCGGCAUCGGCACUUUUGUCUUUGGGAACUGCCAGGACCUCAACUUGCUCAACGGCGCCGCACACGCGGUCCUCAACAUCGUCUCGUCGCUCUUCCUUGCAUCUGGCAACUAUUGCAUGCAAAUACUGGUGGCGCCCUCUAGGGUCGAGAUCGACAAGGCGGAGAAGCAGGGACGCUCGCUCGAGGUUGGAGUACCCAGCAUCAAGAACUUGCAAUACAUUGGCUGGGACCGGACGAUGCUGUGGCUCCUUAUCGGGGCCAUGUCGACACUGCUACAUCUCUUCUGGAACUCGACCUUGUUCACAUCCAUACCCGUCUUUGCCAUACCUCGCGCAGUCGCCACCAGCGACUUUCUGGUGGCGCCCGACAACUGGACUCUGUCAGAUCCACUGGGAACGAGCGGUUGGUGGGCGUAUGCACCCGGCUACGGCGAGCUCUCGCACAAUCUGUCGCUGAUCUACGACCUCCAGGUGGCCGCACCGACCAUGAAGCGGCUGGAACCGGCCGAGUGUAUCGACAAGUUCAUAGACCCACUGACUGUAUCAGCAAGUGUCAUUGUUGUCGCUCAGAACAUGACAUCGGCGCAAUUCAACGGGACUUCGCUGCUGGACGGGUGGGUGUCUGGGUGGGAGUCGUGGACGGGCUCGACGAGCUGGAUCUGCAGCGCAUACAUGUCGCCGGAGCCAGACAAGUACCGCAUCUGCAACGACGACUGGACUAGCGAGUUCAAGCAUGACUGGCAGCUCAACUGGCACAGCAAGUGGUGGAUCAAGGUCGACCACUGCCUGGUGGAUGUGGACGAGAGCAACACCCAGGACAAGUGUGGCUUCCACUACAGCAUGCACAUCUGGGCCAUGGUGUGUGCGUGCUCUGCCCUCGAGGCGGCCGUCAUCUUCGUCGUGUGGCUCAAGAAUCAUCGGAUGCGCGCAACAGGCCCCAAGAAGCAGCGGCGUACUUUGGUCACCAUCGGUGACGCGAUUCAGAGUUUCUUGGAGCACCCAGACUUUGGCGACGAUAGCGAUCAUGAAUUGUCAGCCAGCAGAACGACCAGGACGAGGAAGUCUGCCGAGAUUGUCACCGUCAAAAGAAUGCCAUGGCAUGUCACACCACGUCUCAAUUGGUUCGCAGCCAUCAGCAAGCGAGCAUGGCUUCUUUCGUACACCUUCUUCAUCGCAGGUCUAGCCGUCCCAACAAUCUCCAUUGCCUUCUCUUGGGACCACCUGCGCAGAGUUGGCAUCGACAUGAGCUUCAAGGCGAUCUGGGCGCGCAAGUUCAGCGUAUUUCCCGCCACGACCACCAACCGCUUCGGACCACUCGACGAUGUUCCAAAGUCGCCGUUGGUAGUGCUGCUCGCCAAUGUACUCGUGGCUAACAGCCCCCAGCUGCUCAUGAGUGUCCUCUACCUCUUCUACAACAACAUCCUGACCCGGCAGCUGCUUGCAGACGAGUGGUUGCGGUUUUUCCGCAGGAGCGAGAAGAAGCCGCUGCGUGUCUCCUCGCCCAAGGGCAUCCAGCGAUCCUCGUAUUCGCUGUCUCUGCCACUCAAAUACUCGGUGCCCCUGCUGGCUUGCACGACGCUCUUGCACUGGCUCCUCUCGCAGAGCAUUUUUCUAGUGCAGACGAGUGCCUUCCAGCUUGCCCGUAACGGUGGCCACCGCCAACCCGAGUACGAUGCCACGAUGCGCGGCUACUCGAUGCUAGGCAGUCUGCUCAGCGUCGGGCUUGCCUUGCUGCUGCUGCUGGCCAUCACCUUCAACGCCACCCUGCGCAGCUACCGCGACAUUCCGGCGGCAGCGGCAGCGACAGCGGAUGGAGUCACGGCUCCCAGGGCCAGCAUGAAGAACCUCGGUCUCCUGCGACUUGGCUACCACUGUGGCAUCCUGAGGGCACUCUGUGCUGAACGACCCGCCGCCGAUGUUGACGCGCACUUGUUCCCGCUCGGCAUCGGCAUGGUCGAGACCGCCAAGAGCAAAGCCGCGGCCUGUCGUGGGCAGCUCGUCUUCUCGACAGACAUCCAGCUCGACCAGGCGCCAGUCCCGGGCGAGCUGUACCUCGUGCCUACCCUCGAGCUUCGUGAGCCGAGACCUGGGGGCGCAUGGCACAUUCGUGCUAGCGUGGCUGCGCGUGAGACGGUCCGGAGAGCUACUGCCGUACUGGGGAUUCGUCGGCAUCGAGGAGGACGAUCGUCAUGAGAGACAGUCACCUUUGCGAGAACAUAACUGUUGUCACAGGAGGAAAAAUAUGCAUUGCGCUUGUUUUGACACAGAUAGUGUUCGCGAAAGCAGUAUCUAAUUAUUGGCUUAUCAUUGCCUUC